GCAUAAAAAAAGUAACAAAAUGGAAGAACCUGAAAAAAAUUCGCAACCCGUUCCUGAAGUACGGCAUUUAGACAGUAACAACGAAAGAGUUAACCACGCUGUGGCUCCCGCUCUUUGUACAGAAUGAAGAAUCGUUUUCCUUCAGCGUUUAUUUAUGUUCCCCUGCGGUAAUUGUUCGAUAAUGAAACUAAUGAAGGAUCAUUGUCGACUCUAUAAAGUGAAACAUGACAAUGGUCGUCCACUAACUGUUCAGACAGCCAUAGGAUUAUAAACUGUGUACCGGUUGCUUUUUAUUUACCUUCCAUUAAAAAAUGAGGGGUUCGAGACCACCGGGCCCACCGUCCAUGCUGUCCGACUCGGCGGCAUCGGGGCAUAUGCUGGUUUACGGGUCCCACAAGAGGGGCAGGGGACCCCCAUCGGCGACCUUCAGCACCGAAGAGGCGGAAAGGACCCCCGCCGCCAAGCGAAAAACAAAAGUGAUUGUGAUGCUUGGAAUUGCUUUACCUGUAUUGGCAUGUAUUAUUGGGAUCUCCGCUUGGGCUGUAACGACGGAUGUUCUGAGGAUUAGUCCUCGCUCGCAUGACAAUGCCUUCAACAGAUUCGGCCACCAAGGAAAAACAAGGAUAGACUCCAUGCAAUCCAGAAGUGAUCUAGAUGUGGACGUCUUCUUGUUGAAUGCUGUCUCCUCCACGCAGUCUUCUCUUCCAUCAAGUCAACAAGAGAAUACGACAACAAAGAUACCAGGGUCUGCAACCACUCUGAUGAUGACUACUCAGAUGGGCUCUAGUCCAAAAGCGUCCGAUAUAUUGUCCAAGCUUAUUUCAGAUAUGCCCAUCCCUAAGCAUCCCAAGAACUUCGUAGUGUUUGCUCCAGUAGCUGACACAGAAGUCAGCAAGAAUGACCGUAAGGGUCGACGACUAGAUGAUAAAAUGGUUAUUCAGGACAAUGAUGACCUAAUAGCUGAAGAAAGUGUGUAUUCCGAAGAUAUUUCUCAAGAUACUGCUGAAGGCAAAAUUCCAUACAACAGAAAAAUCAAAUCUUCUAAAGAAAGCAAAAUUCCUCACAAAUCCGCCGGGAAACAUACCGCAGGUAUGGCUCAACGACAGAAACCGUUUAAUCCUGCAGACUCAGGAAGUCCCCCACAGCUCAUCAAAAGACAAAAUAGAGGCGAUUACUAUGUUACAUUUCCGACAAACGAUAAAUCUUCUGCGAAAGCAAUAUCCAACAGAAACAGCGUCCCUCCGCAACCAAAAUUAAACCCAAAUGCCCGUCCAAAUUCUGGUUUCCCUAACACAAUUCCAGCUAAUAAUAAAGGCUUUCACAGGCCAGAAGAGAGCAAAAUGAGUAUGGACCAGAUUCUUAGAAAUCCUCAACCAUAUCCAAAUGAGCCGAUGAGAAAUUCUAACCCAAAUAUGAAGAAUCAACCAUUUCAGUCUUUUCCAAAUCAACAAGACAGCAAUCCCUUUCCAAAUCCUGCACAAUCCCCACAAUUCCUAGAGUCUCAGUAUUCUGGACCUAAUAAACGAAUGCCACCCUAUCAAGGAGGAUCUUUACAAGGACAGAAAGUCAUGCCACCUCCAAAUACACCUAAUCAAAUUUCUCAACCACCAGGUUUCCAGAAUCCUUCUCAGUAUCCCCAGAAUUCGUAUUCAGUUGAUAAUGCUCAAAUGGGUAGUGGAGCUCCGCAAUAUUUUGCUCCUCCACCUCAAACAUUCCACACUAAAGUGAGCUACGAUCAGCCUGCGAAUAAAUUUUCUCCAACCACUUAUGAAAAAGUGGCACAAAGUUCUGUCGAUACAGCAAAUGAUGGAUUGCAUCACCAUCACCAUCAUCACCAUCAUCAUGAACCAAGCCCUUCUAACUCGGAUCCCAUAGGUGAUGUCAACUUGUCUGAUGUCGGCAGAAACAAUGAUGCCGAUAGGUUGGGCUCCAUUGGAAUCGGAUUCGGAGCUCCUAGAGGAAUAACUCUUCAAAUUGGAGGUGGAGCUGGAGGUGGUGGUUUGAGUGGCCUGCUUCCACUAAGUGCUUUGGGAAUUGCGAAGAAUAUUGUCUCAACUUUCUUACCACGACCUCAGCUUGGGCUCAAUUCAAAAGUCUUUCUAGGUGUGGAGGUCGGUAGAGGUGGAGGACUUUCUAUAGGGUGAGGAGCUGACCUGCGUACUUAUUGAUGUGAAAUACUUAAAAAAAUUAUUGUUAUUAAAACAUUUAUGACUAUUUUAUUUGAAGCAGUUUUGGUUCAGACUUGGAAAUGUUUACAACAGACAGCAGAGCUGCCAUAAGAAUUUCAUAUCUAAUUUUUUUUGGAGAGAAAGAAAACUUCAACCAAAAUUUGUGAAUAUUUCAGCUAAUAGCGCAGCUAAUGGAACUUAAAGAACAUAAAGAUGUUCAUAAAAAUAUUCUUUAUUAUAAUGUGAAAUGUUAAACACAUAUAAAACUGAAUCGGAAAUAAGAUCGUAGGAAUAAUUAUCGAGUAAAUUAUAGUUCUAAAUUCAGUAAUCCAAUGUAAAAAAGACACUGGAAUAAUUCCAGUAAUAUGGUUGUGGAACUGGCACAUAUUUAGUUGCACAUAAAUAGUGUACCGUAGAUAUUAUUUCUAGAUUACAUAGCAGUUAUGAAUUGCCCUUUUAACACAUACGUGAUUUUUUGUCAUUGAUGACUGUGUUAUGUAAGCAACUUAAAAUGAUUAUAUUUCUUGUUCUAUUAUUUUGGGCGAUGCUCCUUCUUUUACAUUGCUGGCAAUAUUAAUUUAAAAAUAAACAUGGGAAAAAGAAAAGUAGUAAGAGAAAGAGCAUGCACAAAAGAAUUAUUACGAGACAAACUAUUUAUAAAGGAGUGUUUCUAAGCCAGAAGAAUUACUGUUAGACAAGCUAAGCAUCUAGACGUGCUUCUAGACCAAUGCCGCUUCAGAAUUUUUGAUUUCUAUUAUCUUUUUCUUGACUUCUGUAAAAAUCAGGUAAGAAAGGUAAUUUCGUUCAAGUACAGAAAACUUAUAACAUUUAUCUUAAAGCCAUGUUUAUUUUUAUUUUUAUUUUUUUUUUUUUUGCUUCAUUAAUUUGUUUGCAAAGAAAACAGAAGAAAAAAUAUUAUUAUUAUUAUCGUUUUCGUAAUCGUUUUUUGAUUCAUUUUACAAACGGACAUGGAAAUAUCUAUGCGUAUCUGGUAUACGGGACUAGUUGCCAAAAACUGUUAAUUCACAAUUUAAUUUCAAUAUAAUAUUCCAUCUUUUGAAAUCUGUCUUAUAUAUAAAUUGUAAUAUUGUUUAAUAUACAUUUUUUGUGUUUUAGCAUAUUUUAGUCGAUCAAAAAAAUUCUUUCAGUGUGAACGAAAUCUUUUAGAGCUUAAAUAUUAAAGCCAUUUUAGAGAGUAAUAAGAAUCCACAGAUGUUUUUAAAUAUAUUCAAAUUUAAUUCUUUUCAAAUUUUCAGUAAAAUUUGAUUUAAAAAAAUGUAAAAUAUCUGUCAGUUUGAAUAAAAUAUUUUAGAGCUUAGGUGUAGAGGAUUUUUAAAGUAGUAAUAGGAAUCCAAAGAUAAUUUGAAACUGAAUACUUUUUAAAUUUUCAGAUGAAUGUUUAAAAGUUCACAAGUUUGUUCCUCAAUAACGGAUAUGUUGUAUACAUGUUUUGUAAAUUCAUUUGUAAUUUUUUCAAUGGAAUUUAUUUAAAUCUUUUAUUCAGUGAUGUAUUUUGUAAUAAAGUUUAUUCAUAUAUA